UAAAGAAAGGAGGGCGUUCAUAUGUUUAACACGGUGUAACUCUGCGUGGAGCGGCAGUCUAACGGCGAAGUUCAACGGCUCGCCUUGUAAAGGAGCUUAGGAGAAACGGUUUCAGUGCGCAGACGUCAACCAAACCGACGUUAAGUGACGCCUGCGAGCUGGUCCAGUUUGUCCCCAACUAUCGACAGUGCUCGGCCGAGCUAACCAGACAUUAGCAGGUGAUGAGCAGGGGGGGCCUGUCUGUACUUGGAUACCUAGUUAAGGUUACCGAACAGGCACACCGCUUAACCAGCAUCAACAGACUCUUCCUGUGAGCUACCCGCUUCAUCCCGUGGGACCCAGACUGUACCGCUUGUUUGGACUGAGACUUCAUGCUAGAUCUCCGCAAGUUGGACCAACUAGCUAGAUAGCUAACGUUUGGCGUUCAGUUCGCAGUUAAUAAGCAGGACGCCGGUCGACCGUCCGUCUGUGCCAUGGGGUUACUGUCACAAGGAUCUCCCCUGAACUGGGAAGAAACAAGGAAGUAUGCCGACCACAUCCGAAAGCAUGGCAUCAUCCAGUUCCUCAACAUCUACAAUAAGGUCAAGGAUCGUCAGAGAGAUGUGUUGAAGUGGGGUGACGAGGUUGAGUACAUGCUGGUGGAGCUGGAUGACAAUGAUGAGAAGGUUCGACUGGUGCUGAAUGGUGGAGAUGUUUUGGAAACUCUCCAAGAACAGGGAGAAAAUACAAACCCGAAUCAUCCAACACUUUGGAGACCAGAGUAUGGCAGCUACAUGAUCGAGGGAACGCCUGGGCAGCCGUACGGGGGAACGAUGUCCGAGUUCAACACGGUGGAGGGCAACAUGAGGAAGAGACGUCUGGAGGCUUCGUCUGUCCUGAAGAAGAAUAUGACGCUCUGCACCAUCACCUCCUUUCCAAGGUUAGGUUGUCCAGGUUUCACCAAACCAGAGUACCGACCCACUCCCGUUGAAAAGGGAGUGUCAAAGUCUUUGUUUUUCCCAGAUGAAGCCAUAAACAGACACCCCAGAUUCAGCACUCUGACCAGAAAUAUACGCCAUCGAAGAGGAGAGAAAGUUGUGAUAAAUGUGCCAAUCUACAAAGAUAAGCACACACCCUCUCCAUUUGUGGAGCAGUUCCCUGAGGAUGACGGCGAAGCAGCGAGGGCAGCCCUUCCUGACCACAUCUAUAUGGACGCCAUGGGCUUCGGCAUGGGCAACUGCUGCCUGCAAGUGACAUUCCAAGCUUGCAGCAUUGAUGAGGCAAGGUAUCUUUAUGACCAACUAGCAACAUUCUGCCCCAUCGUGAUGGCACUGAGUGCUGCCUCACCCUUCUACAGAGGGUACAUGUCUGAUAUUGAUUGUCGUUGGGGAGUUAUCUCAGCCUCAGUGGAUGACAGGACCCAAGAGGAACGAGGCCUGGAGCCUCUGAAGAACAACAAGUACAGGAUCUUUAAGUCCAGGUAUGACUCGAUUGACAGCUACCUGUCUUGCUGUGGGGAGAAGUACAAUGACAUCGAUUUGACUAUAGAUGAAGAGAUCAACAAGCAGCUGCUCAGUGCAGGGAUUGACAAGCUUCUGGCUCAACACAUAGCUCACCUCUUCAUACGAGACCCGCUCUCCGUGUUUGAGGAGAAAAUACAUUUGGAUGAUGAAAACGAAUCGGAUCACUUUGAGAAUCUUCAGUCGACCAACUGGCAGACGAUGCGGUUCAAACCUCCACCUCCGAACUCCGACAUCGGCUGGAGAGUUGAGUUUCGCCCCAUGGAGGUUCAGCUAACUGACUUUGAAAAUGCUGCAUAUGUGGUUUUUGUUGUCCUGCUUACCAGAGUGAUCUUAUCCUACAAGCUGGAUUUCCUAAUCCCCUUAUCAAAGGUCGAUGAGAACAUGAAGGUGGCGCAGAAGAGAAACGCAGUCCAGGAGGGCAUGUUUUAUUUCCGCAAAGACAUGUUUAAAGGCUGCAACCCAGGCUUGGACUGUGCUUCUUCUGCUCAGAACGGCGUAGAGUUUGAGGGCAGCAACGAGGAUUACACACUGAUGAGCAUCGACACAAUCAUCAACGGGAAGGAGGGAGUAUUUCAAGGCCUUAUCCCAAUCCUUAACUCCUAUCUGGAAAACAUGGAAGUUGAUGUUGACACCAGAUGCACUAUUUUGAAUUAUCUGAAGCUCAUCAAGAAACGUGCCUCAGGAGAACUGAUGACCAUGGCCAAGUGGAUGAGGGAAUUUGUUGCAAAACACCCUGAGUACAAGCAGGACAGUGUCAUUACUGACAAGAUCAACUACGACCUGCUCAAAAGGUGCGACAGGAUUGCUAAAGGCGAAGAGCAGUGCCCCGAGCUUUUUGGUAACCCAGUCAACCGAGUGAAGUGAGAGACCUCCAAACGCAUGUCAUAUUAUUUUUUUUCAAUCAUGCACGAAGAAGACAGACCAAAUGAAAGAGGUCCAAUUAAAUAGAAUGCAGCUGCAUGUGUGUGUUGUGAAGAAACACACCUGCAUCACAUGUGUGUGUAUAUACGCUGUAUGAGAUUUCUAUGAUUACAGAAUUAUUUUAAUAGGACUAUGGAAGGGUAAUGUAAUAGAAAAUCAGAUGUGUAUUUAUUUUUGUCUGAAAAUUAAGCAUAUCUGUGUGAAAUUGUAAAUGUAGCAGAGCUGUACAGUAGGCUGCUAUUAAUCUUGUAUCCUGUAAAUACUGAACCUUUUGCUCUUUAAAUCAUUAACAAUUGUUUUUGUUUAUUGUUGUUCCUAUUUGUUGAUUAGACAUUUAACAUUAGGGUUGAUUUUUCUUUGUUUUGUAUUUUGUUUGCUUCGUUCUGCUGACUUCUUAGAGGGACCUUGAAAUUAUUGUUGCAUUCAAAUGAAAAUGUUAAGGCACUGUUUGUAACGUGACUCUUUUUCCAAAUAAAUCUAUAAAUCUGUAAGUCA